AUGCCAACCAUCGCUGUUGACAAGUAUGCCUUGUAUAAGGCUCUUGGCAAAACAUACACCAAGGAUGAGUUCGAUGAGCUAUGCUUUGAUUUCGGUAUUGAGUUGGAUGAAGACACAGAAGAGGAACAGCGGCCUGUUGUAAACGGUGAACAAGAGCCUCCACAGCUCAAGAUUGAAAUUCCUGCCAAUCGCUAUGACAUGCUAUGCUUCGAAGGCAUACAAUUGAUGCUCAAUAUCUUUCUUCAGCGGACUGAAGCGCCUAAGUAUGCCCUCAAGGCACCCAGCGAUGUCCAAUCGAUUACAGUAACCAAGGAUACUGCUCGAAUCAGACCGUACGUGUCUGGAGCUAUCCUCAGGAAUGUCACCUUCGACGAAGCAAGAUACGAGUCUUUCAUUGCUCUACAGGAUAAGUUGCACCAGAAUCUGGCUCGUCAACGAACCUUAGUGUCUAUCGGCACACAUGACUUAGACACCAUCAAGGGCCCUUUUACCUACGAAGCACUACCACCCAAGGACAUCAAAUUCAUACCUCUGAACCAGACUAAGGAGAUGAACGGCGAAGAGCUCAUGAAGUUCUACGAGAAAGACCGACAUCUGGGUCGAUAUCUACACAUUAUUCGAGACUCGCCAGUCUAUCCCGUCAUUUACGAUGCAAACAAGGUGGUAUGCUCGUUACCACCCAUCAUUAAUGGCAACCAUUCCAAGAUUACCACAAAAACCAAAAACGUCUUCAUCGAGGUUACAGCUACCGAUAAGACAAAAGUCGAAAUCGUUACGAACAUGGUUGUUACGAUGUUCUCGCAGUAUACAGCUGAGAAGUUCACGAUAGAGCCCAUCAAGAUCAUCUCUGAACACAAUGGUGAGACUCGGCAGGUUCCCAAUGUCGACCCGCGAGAAACACAGGCCGAAGUCGACUACAUCAAGUCCUGCACAGGUGUUGACAUGAGCCCCCAGCAAAUAUGUGAUCUCCUCCUGCGCAUGUCGUACAAUGCUAAACCAUCCAAAUCGGAUCCAAACCUCAUCGAUGUCCAGGUACCUUGCACACGCGCGGAUGUUCUUCAUCAAGCAGACAUAAUGGAGGACGUCUGCAUAGGCUAUGGCUUCAAUAAACUUCCCCGUGCCUUUCCCAAAGUCAGCAGCACGGUCGCAGCACCACUGGCAAUCAACAAGCUCUCAGACAUUCUUCGUCAAGAAAGUGCCAUGGCAGGAUGGGCCGAGGUACUCCCUUUAAUUCUCUGUUCUCACGACGAAAACUUCGCAUGGCUCAAUCGCAAGGACGAUGGCACGACAGCUGUCAAGCUCGCCAAUCCAAAAACACUCGAGUAUCAAGUCGUGCGUACCUCGCUAAUACCAGGGCUACUCAAGACAAUACGCGAGAACAAGCACCACUCUGUUCCCGUAAAGAUCUUCGAAUGCUCAGACGUAGCCUUCAAAGCUCCUGAACUGGAGCGCAAAGCCCGAAACGAACGACACUUUGCUGCGGCAUGGUACGGCAAGACAUCGGGCUUUGAGGUUGUGCAUGGUCUUCUGGAUCGCCUGAUGGCUAUGCUAAAGACCGCUUUCGUAACACGAGAAGAGGGACUCGAGCUCGAAGAUGCCAACAGCAUGCAGUAUUGGAUCGAGGAAGUCGACGACCCGACCUUCUACGAAGGACAUGCUGCCAAUAUCGUUUUGCAGGUAAGAGAUAAGAAGACUGUCAUUGGAAAGUUCGGUAUCUUGCACCCUACUGUGCUUGAAAAGUUCGAACUCAGGUAUCCUGUCAGUGUGCUGGAACUGAAUGUUGAGGUCUUUAUGUAA